AUGUCCCAAGAGGUGGAAGAAACUUUAAAACGCAUACAGGCCCACAAAGGUGUCGUUGGAACAAUUGUGGUCAAUAAUGAAGGCAUUCCCGUCAAAUCGACUUUGGACAAUACCACCACCGUUCAAUAUGCUGGUCUCAUGAGCCAAUUGGCCGACAAGGCACGCAGUGUGGUUCGCGAUUUGGAUCCCUCAAACGAUAUGACCUUUUUACGGGUACGCUCAAAGAAACACGAAAUUAUGGUUGCCCCCGACAAGGACUUUAUACUGAUUGUCAUACAAAAUCCUACUGAUUAGA